CUGCCUUCAUCAUCAUGUCUCUGGAGACGGUAGCUGUGAUUGCCCUCCAUAGGCUACGUAUGGUCCUGGGCCAGCAGCCCAACCGCAUGGCCUCACUCCCCUGUACUCUGGCUCUCACUGCCCUCCUCUGGACCUCCAGCUUAACUAUGGGUGCCCUGCUCACCCUGCGAGCAUACCCCAUGAAGGAGGGACCCUGCCUGCCUCACUUCGGCCUAACGGGUGGGCGUGCUAGGGUGAUUCUAUAUGUCUACCUGGCAGACUUUGCCUUCUGUGUGGCGGUGGUGUCUGUCUGCUACCUGAUGAUCGCUCAGACACUGAGGAAGAACGCACAGGUGAGAGAGAGAGAGAGAAGCCAUAAUACAUUAUUUUGCUUCAUACAUGUUUAUAGUAAGUUAUAAGAAAUGAAGUGUUACUAAAGUUUCUUAAAAACGUGUCAGGUAAAUCGCCUUAACGACCCACCCCUUACGGGAUUAUUUGACACAUUUUUAAGAAACUUUAGUAACACUUCAUUUCUUAUAACUUGCUAUAAGCAUGUAUGAAGCAAAAUAAUGUAUUAUGGCUUGUAUCAUGUUAUGUCUCUCUAUGCUAAAUGGUUGAUCCCAUCCUGUCCCCAGGUGAGGAAGUGCCGCAUCAUCACCGUAGACGCCACGCGCCCGCCGCUACCACCACCCCCUCCCCCGCUCAUCGCGGCCGGGUUAGAGGGCAUGCAGUGUGCCGUCCAGGUCCCUUCGCUCUACCGCAACCAGACCUACAACAAGCUACAACACAUUCAGACUCACUCCUACACUAACAGACCCACCAGCCAGGGUCUAGUACCCGGCGCUGCCCAGGGAGCUACCUGCUGCCAGCUAGUCUCUACCGUCAACCUGGCCACAGUUAAGGACUCCAAGGCUGUAGUAACCUGUGUGGUGAUUGUAUUCUCCAUCCUCCUCUGUUGUCUCCCCAUGGGUGUCUCCUUAGCCCAGGACGUCCUCUCUCCGGAGAGCAGCUUCGCUCACUACCAGUUCGAACUGUGCGGUUUCGCGCUCAUCUUCCUCAAGUCGUGCAUCAACCCAUUCGUGUACUCCCGCAACAGCGCCGGGCUUCGCCGGCGCGUCCUCUGCUGCCUCCAAUGGGUGGCGCUGGUGUUCCUCUGCUGCAAGCACAAGACACGGCUCCACGCCAUGGGUAAAGGCAGUCUUGAAGUCAACCGUAACAAAUCCUCGCACCAUGAGACCAACUCUGCCUAUGUCCUCUCACCCAAGCCACAAAGGAGACUGGUGGAUCAAGCCUGUGGACCCAGUCACUCCCAGGACUGUGCCCCCAGUCCGAGAGCCACGGGCGGGCAUGGUGGGCGUAAGCCCCGGCCCCCUAGCACCUCCACCCCCAUCAACACCCGUAUUGAGCCCUACUACAGUAUCUACAACAGCAGCCCCUCUGCAGGACCCGGCUCCCCUACCAACAGUCUGCAGCCUGCUACAAACUCCUCCUCCUCCCAGGCCUUUGGGUUCAAUAAGUCCUACGUUGUCAUGCACUAUCACACCCACCAGGAGGUGCUGCAGGACAUUGAGAGCACCUCAGCCCAUAAGAUACCCAUACCUUCAGUCUGACUAACCACCAUGAAUGAUUGGAUCCCUUCAGUCUGUGAUGAUUAACCUUGGCUUAGACCUGAAGACUUGUGUUGGCUCGAAAAGCUAAUGCCAAUAGGCUUUAGUUUAGUGGGCUAACAUAGUAUUGUGGUUCUGCCGGACUUUGAGAGCACCUCGGUGCAUCAGAUCUCCAUACCUUCAGUCUAACGUACCACAAUGAUUUAUAGAUGAAUUGAUUUGUUUAUUGAUUGGUCAGAUACUGUACCUUGAGUGUAAGCUAGCCACCAUGCUGAAACUGGAGAGGGCUUGGGCAUAUAGCCCAGGGAUGCUAAUGGUUACUAUAAUAUUAUACCACCAUUACCACAACACACCAGAGAGUAAACGGAUACUAAUUGUCUGAAUAUCAUGCGGUAUUGAACUGUUAAGAGGUAAAGAAUAACCCCCAUUGACUUUAGAAUAUAAACUGGAAGAUAUCUUAGUCCAAAGGAAGAGAUAUGUAACAGUACUGAUCCCACAGUGUUGUUGAUGUUACUGAAAUAACUGGAAUCAAUUUUUACACUGACAUGACAUUUUUCAAAUUGUACAAUUUAGAUGGUCUUCUCAUCAUAAUAACACUGUAUUUGUGAGUCUCAUACAU